AUGUCAAUGAAGGUGGAUAACACGUAUGUGUCUUUAGUCUAUCUCUCUAUGGAGACAUGGUUUUACUUCACCAAUUAUGCAAAAGACGGAUGGCCAAUGAAACUCUUGGUUGUUGCAGUUCUUUGUUCUGAUACUGUGCACCAGGCUUUGAUCACGCACACAGCUGACAAGGCUUGUGUGGUAAUUCUACUUAUUACUGAGAAAAAGUUCGUUGAAGUUCUUUUCAAUGGUCUUACUGCUCUCAUGGUUCAAAGCUUCUUAGCCUGGCGUAUCUGGAAAUUGAGCAAUGGUUGCAUUUGGCGGACUGGCUCUGUGAUGGUUCUGGUUGUCGGAGAAUUUGUCUGUGUUGCGAUCUAUGUUGCCAAAGCGAUCAACUUUGAGACCUUUGCGCAGUUGAUGGCUCUGAAGUCGUUGUCCAUGACCGUGAAUGCUGUUGCCGCGGCUGGUGAUAUUCUCAUCACAGCUUGCCUGUGCCACCUUCUUCACGGAGUUAGAGCUAGUUUUUUGAGGUCAGAAAACUUGAUAAACAAGCUGAUUAUUUUCACCAUUAAUACUGGCUUGCUGACGAGCUUUUGUGCCAUUGCUUCCCUACUGUCGAUUGCUGCGGCUCCCGAUACAUUCAUUUACAUCGCAUUCUACUUUUGCCUUGGGCGUCUCUACUGCAACUCCCUCCUGGCUACUCUCAACGUGCGCAGAUUCCGGCGCGAGAAUGCGUGGGAAGAUAUACCCCUCUCCUCUGAGAGAAUGUCAAACAGACCCUUGGCGGCUGAUGCUCUUGCUCUACAGAUGCGAUGCUGA